CGCGCUCCGCUGCGCGCGGGGGGCUGCUCUCCCGGGCCCCCCUGGGCGCCCUCCGGCUCCAGUUCCCGCCCGCUCCUUGGAAUAACCCCUGAGGCUCCAGCGAUCGCCGCAAAGUUUCCCGAGGAGACCCGCCUCCCCGGCCGCUGCGCAGGUGAGAAGGCAGGGAGUGGGUGAGAAGGACCCCUUCUUGGACAGACAAGGCUGGGGAUGAAGCAGGAAUAAGCCGUCCCCACCUCCCCAGCAGGAAAACCUUUCCACAAACAGGAGCAGCCAAGCAGGACUGAGCGGCCCCAACAUCUUCCCAAGGAGGGGCAGGUGAGGCCUGACAGCUCGGCAGCGCAUGUCAGCAGCUCCAGCCCCGCCGUGAACAUCUGAACUCCUCAGCAGGGUAAUGGGCCCCCUCCUUCCCCCCGGAGACACAGCCUGAGUGGCAGGAAUACCGAUUCUGUGGAGGGUGGCUCCUUCUCGGCUCUGUCACGCAAGAACGCUCUCUGCGCCAGAGCCCAUUCCGCCAAGUGACUUAAAGGGAUUAAAAAAACAAAAAACAAAAACUUGGUAAAGAAAAAGAGGUAAAAGCCACGCAGGAGCCUUGCACAGGAGGUGGUGGCCAACAGACAAAAGGGUGAAAGUUGAAAGGGGGCGGUGAGGCCACCCUCCCCGGAAUGGACGCUGGGUCAUAGGGCAUGCCUGGGCGGCAGGGGCCCAGAACACCUUCAGGCCUCGCUAGGGAGUCCUGGGGCCCCGGGGGGCGCCCCUGCCGGCCCCUCACACAAGCCCCUUCCUCGGAGGGGAGAAGCCAGCAGUGCUCCAGGCCAGGGGCGUGGGGGAUGUUGCUCUGGACCCGCAGCCACGUCUGAACACGAGGAGCCCAGCAGAGCGCAGCACUGGGUCUCCUCCCUGCGGCCCAAGCACCCCCAACACCACCCAGGAGCCCGGGUCUGCGGUCUACGCCCCGAGUGCCAAGGCUCGUGGGCUGGAAUGUAAGCACGACCCAGGCCCACCCCGACGGAAGCGUGGCAUCAACGCGAGCUCCCAGGCUGCAGAGAGGGAGGUGAGGUCAUUAUCAUGGUGUGAGCUACCAUCCGACUACAGUGGAAUGCCAGCGGCUUGAACACAGUUUGGCACAUAGGAGGUGCAGAGGCUGCACAUCAGGCGGGGCCCGCGGUUCCCCCAGCCGUCCACCAUGGUGGUGGCACACCCCACUGCCACCGCCACCGCCACCCCCGCUGCCACGGUCACGGCCACCGUCGUGAUGACCACAGCCGCCAUGGACCUGCGGGACUGGCUCUUCCUCUGCUACGGGCUCAUCGCCUUCCUGACGGAGGUCAUCGACAGCACCACGUGCCCCUCCGUGUGCCGCUGCGACAACGGCUUCAUCUACUGCAAUGACCGGGGGCUCACCUCCAUCCCCGCCGACAUCCCUGACGACGCCACCACGCUCUACCUGCAGAACAACCAGAUCAACAAUGCGGGCAUCCCCCAGGACCUCAAGACCAAGGUCAACGUGCAGGUCAUCUACCUGUAUGAGAACGACCUGGACGAGUUUCCUGUCAACCUGCCCCGCUCCCUGCGGGAGCUGCACCUGCAGGACAACAACGUGCGCACCAUCGCCCGCGACUCGCUGGCCCGCAUCCCGCUGCUGGAGAAGCUGCACCUGGACGACAACUCCGUGUCCACCGUCAGCAUCGAGGAGGAUGCCUUCGCCGACAGCAAGCAGCUCAAGCUGCUCUUCCUGAGCAGGAACCACCUGAGCAGCAUCCCCUCGGGGCUGCCCCGCACCCUGGAGGAGCUGCGGCUGGACGACAACCGCAUCUCCACCAUCCCGCUGCACGCCUUCAAGGGCCUCAGCCGCCUGCGGCGCCUGGUGCUGGACGGCAACCUGCUGGCCAACCAGCGCAUCGCGGACGACACCUUUAGCCGCCUGCAGAACCUGACGGAGCUCUCGCUGGUGCGCAACUCGCUGGCCGCCCCGCCCCUCAACCUGCCCAGCGCCCGCCUGCAGAAGCUCUACCUGCAGGACAACGCCAUCAGCCACGUGCCCUACAACACGCUGGCCAAGAUGCACGAGCUGGAGCGCCUGGAUCUCUCCAACAACAACCUGACCACGCUGCCCCGCGGCCUGUUCGACGACCUGGAGAACCUGGCCCAGCUGCUGCUCCGAAACAACCCGUGGUUCUGCGGCUGCAACCUCCUGUGGCUGCGGGACUGGGUGAAGGCACGGGCAGCCGUGGUCAACGUGCGAGGCCUCAUGUGCCAGGGCCCCGAGAAGGUCCGGGGCAUGGCCAUCAAGGACAUCACCAGCGAGAUGGACGAGUGCUUCGAGGGGGGGGCGCAGGGUGGCAUGGCCAACCCCGCUGCCAAGACCACAGCCAGCGACCACGCCUCCGCCACCACACCCCAGGGCUCGCUCUUCACCCUCAAGGCCAAGAGGCCGGGGCUGCGCCUCCCCGACUCCAGCCUCGACUACCCCAUGGCCACGGGCAAUGGCGCCAAGACCCUGGUCAUCCACGUGAAGCCCCUGACCGCGGACUCCAUCCGCAUCACGUGGAAGGCCACGCUCCCCGCCUCCUCCUUCCGGCUCAGCUGGCUGCGCCUGGGCCACAGCCCAGCCGUGGGCUCCAUCACGGAGACUCUGGUGCAGGGGGACAAGACGGAGUACCUGCUGACGGCCCUGGAGCCCAAGUCCACCUAUAUCAUCUGCAUGGUCACCAUGGAGACCGGCAACACCUACGUGGCAGACGAGACACCCGUGUGCGCCAAGGCGGAGACGGCCGACAGCUACAGCCCCACCACCACGCUCAACCAGGAGCAGAAUGCCGACCCCAUGGCGGGCUUGCCCCUGGCGGGCAUCAUCGGGGGCGCCGUGGCCCUUGUCUUCCUCUUCCUGGUCCUGGGGGCCAUCUGCUGGUACGUGCACGGGGCCAGCGAGCUGCUGACCCGGGAGCGGGCCUACAACCGGGGCAGCCGGAAAAAGGACGACUAUAUGGAGUCUGGGACCAAGAAGGAUAACUCCAUCCUGGAAAUCCGCGGGCCGGGGCUGCAAAUGCUGCCCAUCAACCCUUACCGCGCCAAAGAGGAGUACGUGGUCCACACCAUCUUCCCCUCCAACGGCAGCAGCCUCUGCAAGGGCACACACUCCAUCGGCUACGGCACCACGCGGGGCUACCGGGACGGCGGCAUCCCCGACACAGACUAUUCCUACACAUGAUGCCGGCGCCCAGCUCCCGCCUCCUCCUGGCGUGGCGACCGUGUGUCUUUGCCCAGCCUGCUGCCAUCUGACAGAGCAAGGAAGAGGAAGUCCAGUGACUUUCCCAGCAGAAAGCAGCGUUUGGGGAGGGUUGACAAUUUUGUAGAACACAACAGUGAAAAAAAAAAUUUUUUUUUUUAAAGAAGACAAGGCAGGAGAGGGAUUUGACGUUGCUGAAGACAUAAUUUAUACCAAAUUAUGCCAGGUGGGGAGGGAAAGACUAAAAAUAAUAUUGCAGGAAGGGAUGGGUCGGGGCUUUUGUUUUUCCUGAACUGGAAAGAUGCUACCUGUGCAACGUCUUAUAGGCCUCAUGCUCUGGGCAGGAUUGUCACAAAGGAGCUGUUAGCGAAGCAGCCGACACACAGAGCCCCCACGCAGCUCUUACUGCUGGCUGCUCGCUGGAGACAACCUGAUGGAAGGUUUUCAGGCUUCUCACAAAGGAGAGGGGAAAAAAGAUCUUUUGCUAUGGAGAUAUUGUCCUGAAAUCUCUUCCCUGGUUCUUUCCAUGCCAUGUCCCUUACAGAUUUGCAGAAAUAGCGCGUCUUUCGCUGCAUUCUUUGAACAAUGAUGUAGUCAAUUAAAAAGCAAACUUUCUUUUUCCUAUACUGAAGCCCUCCUCAAUUCCACACACCCUCCGCUGUGGCAGCCCCAUGGAAGGUGUGGCUUUCGUAGCCGCUUGGAGGCGCAUCUCCCAACCUGUCUGUUUACGUCUCGUCUCUAAAUAGACGGGUAGAUAGAGCCACCUACACUGUCCUUACAGUACUUCUUGGGUCAGUUUGUAUAAUUUCCUGAGACAAUAGGGUCACGAUAAUGUUGCUUUCACCUAGAAAUCACUGACUAAGUAGACAACGUGUGUUGGGGAAUGGGAGUAGGGUGGGGGAUAAUGCUGUUCCUAAAGGCAGAGGCAUGUCUAUCCUGGCCAGGUGGCUGGGGAGACCAGGGCAAGGGGUGUUUUCAGUUCAAUCCGAUCUCAGGUUGGCUAGAGGUGGGCCGAGCUCCUUUCUGACAUAGAGCAGAGCUUGGCAGCAUCCUCAUCUCUCCCCCUCCACCCCACAGAUGUAAUCACCUCAACAGCUACUUUCCGAGCAUUUUCUCUACACUAUGCGCUUCCUCCAGAGACAGGUAAUUGUGCAGGGACUUUUUUUCUUCUAAUAUCAGCUGAUUAGACCUAAUGGUUUCCAUGGCUGCUCAAACAAAGCCCAGAAAAAGACAUGAAAAUUCUCAGAAAAGCCCUGGGAGACAGCACCCCACCCCGCAGAAGGCAGAACACGCAGCUGUGCCCACCCUGGGAACUCUGCUCUAGAUCUCUCUAAAGAUGCCAGCCUCCAAAAGGUACUGACCGGAGCCCUCAGAAGAGUUAAGAUUUUUUUUUUCCGCCCUCUGGAAUCAAUGUUGCCAUCAUUUAUCAACUGACAGUGCUGUUUGGCGAGCCAUGAGAUUAAAACAAUGAUGAAAUAAUGACAGCGAAUCUGGAACGAAGAGAGGAGUGGUGCCUGGGGUUCUGAUGUCUCCCGCAUCCCAGUACGUGGGGAACGCAGGUCACCAUCUGUCACGAUGCCCAUUGGCCGGUGCCCGAGAAGGGCCAUGUCAAAGGAUAGAUGCUGGUCUGAGGGCAGGAGGCAUGAGAAGGGGUCCAGCUCCUGGCCGUGGCGUUUUCAAAAGGCCUCGACUACUUUGACAAAAGCCAAAGGCAGGAAAAGGAAGCUGAACAACAGUCACAGGGCUGCCGUGACAGGCCUGGGGACCAGCCGCUCGCUGGACUUGAAAAGAUAACUGCUGGCCCCACAGUGAAGAAGCCGGGGUUGAAAGAAAUGGACAAAAGAGCCACUCAAGCGAGGUGGAGAAGAGACGAGGCCCAGUGCCAGGCUGGAGGGACGGUCUCGCCAGGCAGGGAACCCGGAGCCCCAGCCCCAGGAGAGACCAAGGGCGGGGGCACGCUUCUUUCUCGCCUCCAGCUUUUUCCCUUUCCCCACCUGAAGCAUUUUCUCCUACAAUGAGGUCAGGGGAGAAAACUUUCCAAGCCUUAAUUUCACAUCUGCGUAAAGGCCGGCAGCCCCCCAGACACAGGCCCGCUCCCUGUGGCUCAGGGAGGAGCAGAGGGGCCCUGCUGCCAGAGUCCAGAGGGAGACAGUGCACGAGGGCAUGGGGCGCUGGCCAGGGGUCAGAAGUCCAAGAUCACUGCUGUUCCUAAAAUGCAGCCUCUGCCCUAGAGGCACCGGUCCUGUCUGGCCGGCCCCUCCACUGCCAACCCCAAGCUCUGCUGCCGACACCCUUGGGCACUCACCCCAGAUCCUCCUCUCUCCUCUCCCUGAGCCAGGCGGGAGCUCAGACCAUCCCCUUAGAGGCCAGGAAGGCAUCUGGGGAACAGCACGUGGCCCCAUGCGGAAAGGACCACAGGGGAGACCUUGCAGCUUUGAGGCCUGCCUGGGUCAGCGGCGCCCUCCAGGCCAGGCCUUGGUGGGCAUCUUUCCUCCCUCCGUGGCACAAAGCAGGUCGAGGCCCACCUGGGCCUGUGGACACAUCGGUCUCCUGCUCCUGGCUCUUGCCCUCGUGAGGUCAGCCCCACCUCGCCCCAGGCUGUGGAACCCAGGCGCCCUCCUGCCAAUGUAAGUGCCCAAGAGAGAGGAGACUCAGUCCCACCGGGGCCCCUGAGCCCCCUCUCAUCUUCUCUGCCCUCAGCAUCCCAACAUCUCCCCAGUGUCCUUUCUGAGAGCAAGCCUCUAAAUGUCCGCUGUCUCACAGCCACCCAAGCCAGAGAUGGGGCCUGAAGCCCGGCCCUCUCUGAAAUCCGCCCUGGUCCAGCCUCUCCGGGCCAGCCAUGUAACAUAAUGGUAAAGGAUGCUCCAGAGUGGGCAGCCACCCCCCCCCAACACCCCGAGAAGCACGCGAGGACAAGAGCCCUGGGCCACCACUCCUGUCUAGAAUCUCCCUUCCGUGGGCAGCCGACCUGACCCAUGCAGCCUCUAACCAUCCAGAACCACCUCACUGGCCUCAGGGCUGAUGAGUGUAUUUUGUGGCAUUUAAGGCAGGUUUAAAGUUAAGGGGAAAAAAAAAAAAAAGCCCAUGACACUUCUUUGGUUAAGUGGUUUACCCUCGUGGUAAUUAGAUGUAGUGAUUGGAAUCUCUUUUCUAUUACAUGGCAAUUUUCCUUUAAAUUUCCCCUUUAAAAAAAAAAAAGGAGGAAAGAGAAGGCAAGGAAAGCGAGAAGGCAGCAGGGCCAGUCAUUUGCAUUUUGCGAAUGAGGCCUCUUGUAAGCUCAGCUCAGGCGUGGGGCCCAACGUAUGGAAUGCUUAAGAGAUUACUAAGAAUAAAAUCUAUUAAUUAGUCAUACUCAAUUCCGCAGACAUGAUGUGCAUCAAAAGCUUCUUUUCCUCCCUUUUUUCCUUCCCUCUUCCCGCCGCCUCCCGCAGGAGCCUCUCUUCUCUAAAUUGGCUCCUGCUUCGCCAACCACCUCCCGUUGACGUGGUGGCUGUGUGGCUGACUGAGGGGCCUGCGGGCUGUAGGGGUAGGAGCCGGGGCCCAGGCUUCCCCAGCCAGAGUCCAGAGCCCACUCCUGCCCGUGCCUCUUCCCGCUUCCUCAGUGGGCACUGGCCUCCACCCUCCCCCAGGAGUGUGGGGAGGCCCACCAGCCUGUUUUAUAAAGGAGGGGUGGGCUGAGAAAAGCUGGCGCUCUGGAGGCUAAAUGGAGACUCCUUCCAUCUGCUGAUUCUGGAAGGUUCUAGUUGCCCCCAGGCAGGUGACCGAGGCCCAGAGCGAGAGGCCCAGGCCAGGUGAGGAGUCCUGGGGGUGAGGGGGCUGACCGGGGCCUUGAGAAGGGAAGGGGCCGGGCAAUGCACCUGUACGGCUUCUGCACCUCCCUUCUUCACCCCCUUGGAGCUGUAGAGCGAGGGGAAGACACUGCCACCCCCUCCAAUGGCAGCUCAAGUCCCAAAGCCAACCCACUCCAGAAAUCUGCUUCCUGCUGAACGUGCCAGGGAGGACGGGGCUUCUGAGUCUCGCGCUUAUGAAAAAUACAACAAGAAAAAUUGGAUGCGGCAGACAGGGAGCAAUGGAGCUGGAAAGGCAACCGGGAGAGAGCUGGGGCAUUUGCUGCCAGGAGCGGCCUCAGGGCACACAUCGGCCUGAGCCCCCAAGGGCAGGGCUUAGGUAGAGUCAGAGCCAGCUGUGGGUGUCCCUUGCGCAUGCCCCCUGCCCCCAGAUCAGCGCAGGUGAUGGGUGGCGGACGCUUGGUGCUGGAUCUGUGCCAGGGUGAAUGCUAACAAGCAAUUCACAGCCCUGCACGGGCCUUCCAGAAUGCAGGCAGAGGAGGCAUCUUUUUUCUUAAGGAGGAAUAAAAAGCCUCAAAAUGCAAAUCAUUACCGUUUACAACCAAGCCAGUCUGCUAAAUUGAUUAGAAGAGAUUAAACUCCUUGGAGGUGAAGGGAAAGGGAGUUUUUUCACAUUUUAUGAACUUGCCCCCAGUGGCCACAAGCAAAGCAGAGACUUUCUGGGCCUGGCUCGCAGGGAGCCGGGGAGUGUCUGAAGGCUGACACCAGGAGUGCUCCCUGUGCUAAGGAUACACUGUGUUGGGUGGAGCCUGGGCUUGAGCGGUUCUGCCUCCACAGAGGGCCUUCGGGCAGCCUCCGGGAUGCAGGGUGGUAACGUGGCCCACGCAGGUCAUCCAGAAGCUGUCCCGGGCCCCAGGCGGAGACUCUGCCCUGCCUCCGUAUCCCACCUGUCUUUGGGGUGAAAGCCAGGAGGAGUGGCCAGGCCAGUCCCUUAGUGGGAAGGACUCUCAAGCCAUGAGCCUUUCUGCUUCCUUCCUGUUCCAAGGUGGGUCUGUCUCUGAUCCAUUACCUGCAGCCAGCGUCAGGGAAGCAAGGCCACCGUAAAGGAAAAACAGAAGGUCAGGCAAGGGACAUCUGGCCCAACCAAAAGAAUCAGCCAGUGAGUUCUCUGUCACAGGGAGCAUUCAAGCACUUGAUGGGGAGGUGGCGGGUAUUUUUCUGCCUAAGCCAGUGUCUGGUUCUUUGACGAGAAGAUCUCGGCUCCCACUCUUACUGUACCAUCCCUGAGGACCCUGUCAGGAAGAUAUCAAGAGAUGGCUCCAAACGACCAGUGUCUCCUGAAAAUCACGGAUCGGGGCCACCCCACUUCCAGGCCACUCGGCCCCAUCAAUGAGUCACUUGUGCCACCACACUGCCUGCAAAAUUCCCAUGGGUGCACCGCCCCAUCUAGGAGUCUGGACAGACAGGGAGUGCGGAGGGGACCCCCCCCCCCCAACCUGCGGCUGGCACUCUUGGGGCCACUAGAGGCCACUGCAGCCCUCCCUGCCCCCGUCCCAGGGUGCCUCCCCGCCACCCUCGGUGCCAGGACUGGUGCCCCCUUCCCGAGCUCCCUCCCUGUCCCACCCGCUGCUCCCACGCACAACCCACUCAGCGCUGGCGGCUCCUGCCGUCUCUCCCAGCCAGGUUGACGGCUGCCCGCGGCACUCUUCACUCCACGUUUUUAAGCGUUUACCAUUUCUUUUGAAAUGUUCCCAGUAGUUGCCUGAAAUAUCCACAUUUGCUUCUUUAAAAACACUCACAAGAAGAUUCCCUUGGCUCUUGAUCCCUCUCCCUUUACUUCCUCCCUCCCUUCGCAUUUUAAUACAUCAUUUUUCUCCAGUUUCAGAUACUCCAUUAUCUCUGGGGUCAGGCCCACUUUCUCACAUUAGUGUGAUUUGCAGGUUUACCCAAGACACCCCGAAGCUGCAGGGGCCAAGCCUGCCUUCUCUGGGGACAGCUGCUGCCCUGCUCGUCACUGGGGAGCCCGGUCACUGUCCCCUCCCACCCGUUACUUGUGCUGGGAGAGCAGUGUGGACAUGCCGAGGGCACAGGGGCCCUGCGGGCUGAGCGGGCCCCCACUUCCUGCCAGGGCCCAUCUAGGAGGCACUGUGGCCAUCGGCGCCCCCAUGCUGCUGUGGCCCUGUUUUUCCCACAUUCACCCAUGCCACCCCCACACCUGGAAGCCCAAAAGUCCAGACCUGGAGAGUCUUUGCAGGAAGGACUCUGUUGUCCCUGCCCCUCAUCUCCUUUGUGACUGUCAGGGUGGCCAGCCACUUGGGCAAUAUGCCAGGUCCCCAUGCUCCUCUGCAGUGGGUCACUGAGGCCCAGCAGGGCGCCCAGCACCCAGGGGUGUCUCUCAUCUCUUCCUUCUUCCUUGCUUGUCCCUUGGGCUCAGUGCAGAGGGCCCAGGCAAGUGUGUUGGCAACGGCCUUCCCCUUGUCCUGCACCCACCCUGCGGGCAGCCUGGCCCUGGGAGGGGGUACCUCCCCACCAAAGCAUCUCACUCCACCCACCGAUCACCAGCUGAGAGCUUGAUGGGGAAAUCCAGCCAGUCGACAAGAUCCGGCCACCAGCCUGGGUGACUCAGCCGGCUCCCCCUCUCUGAGCCGAACCUCAGGUGGGUGAUGAGGGCAGAGAACUGGGUGUCCCGCCUUGCCUGACGCUCCUGUUGAGAGUUCCUGCACCUGAGCCACUCAUCUGGAGGAACUAACCAGGCUUUCUCCUCAGGACAGAGGAAAACAAAUACAAUACAAACCAGCAAUCAAAGGCACAGCAGACUCGGGGCUGCCACCUGCUCAUUUCCCAGGAGCCGGCAGUUGGGGAGCCCCUCACCUGCCCUCAGCAGAGGCAUGUGCUUGCGGCGUCCGAGACCACCCACCUCUGGGUGGUCCUGUUUUCCAAAGGUUCUGGGUACCCAGGAGGAAGACACACAAAACCCUGAACCUGGCUUAGAUUAUUUUACCCGCCCCAGCACACCACCUGCCAGCAGGGCAACGGCCUCAGCUGAGAAACCCACCCGGCAUCCAGCUCAUGAAGACAGGCUGGGAGCCGUGGGGAGGAAGCCGAAGAAUCCAGCAUUAGAGGUUUGUCAUCUGAGCAGGAGAGAAGCGGGAGAGGUGGUGCUGGAGGAGGGGGACGGCUGCGGGGCCACGAACACAGGCGAGCCAGAGACGCCGUGCAGCUGUGCAAUUCUGCUGCCUGGAGCGGAUGCCCCGUGAUGAAUGACACAGGGCGGGGGCGAACAGGGAGGCAAAGCAGAAAAGUAAACUAGAAGAAACCCCACGCGUAAGCCUGCAGAGCGAAUGUUCUGUAAGAGCCACCAACCAGCGGUGACUCCCCUUCCUGGCGUUCAAAGGUGACCUGUGUCUGGUGAGGCGUGGUGCGGCAGGCGCUCUGGGCAGCACCGGGCUCAGCAGAUCGGCCCCCACAGCCAGGGGAGGAGGAGAGCAGGGAGGGGUCCUCGGCCAGACCCUGGAGAGUGGGAGGGUCCCUCUGCGGCAGAAGGUGGAUGUCUGGCCAGACGAGGGCACGGGAGGGCAGGCCUGUGACCAAGGUCCCUUCUGCCCUUGGAGAGACCCCUGCCAGGGGCAGUCCCAGCUUCCCCUGAGCCCCUGACCCUCCCCUCCUGCACAAUCAGCCCCGGGGGCUGCUUGGCCACUGCUCCUUGUCUUUUUCCUUUUCCUCUGAAGGGCAGAGCAAUCUCGGGGUCUGAGUGACAGGACGACUCCCACUGCCACCUGCGCCCACUGAUGCCCAGCUGACCCGGCCUGGCCCCGGGGCCACCUGCCUCCCUCCCAACCUCACCACCAGACACACAAACACCCACCACGACGACGACAACACAAACCAAAGUGCACUGCGAACCGCCCUUGAGCCUCCUUCUUGUAGGUGCCUUGAAACUUCAAUGCUGAGAUGAAUGUGAUGAACUAUUUGGUCCUAUUUUCUGUUUGUCUGUUUUCAUAUAAAAUGUCCAAGUCCACUUUCCUUGUCCUUUCUUGAAAUAAAUAGAAAGAUUUAACUUUUA